AUGGCUUAAAUAACAAAUAAGAUUUUAACUCUUAGUCUAAUUUUAGUAUAUGCUUCAGCAUAAAUUUAAUUGUAUACUUCCACCGAAAAUUCUGUUGAAAAGUAUUUAAUCACAUCAACAGAGUAAUUGGUUGUCAUAGGAUUCGAAGGAUAAUAAGUAUGAUUUUAUCAAUACUAAUGUAGGAAGUUAGAGAUUACAUAUUUUGUAGAUUAAAAGAAUGUAUAUGUGAAGACAUGGUUUCUAAAGGACAAAGAAGCCACCCUAAACUAAAUUAAAUCUAAACAACUGUAAAUUUUGAAUGCCUUAAUGAAAACACAAUUCAAUUUGAAAGAAAAGAAAAUGGUUAUUAACCUUAUGUUUGGAACAACAAGCCUCAAGAAGUAGAAUCUAGACCUUAUUAAUCUCAAAAAAGAAUAACAUAAGCUUCUACAGUAACUUACACAGAUAGUGAUAUGACAUCCUCUAUCACAGUAGGCUCAGAAUUGGAAUUGAAGUGGAAAUUUAACACUGAUGACACUAUAGAGAUGUGUGUGUGUUUGAAUAAGAAGGCAUGGGUAGGAGUAGGAUUUGGAAGUGGGGUAUUUAUAAUUAUAUUGAUUUAGAUGAAUGGAGUAGACAUGUUUGCUAUAAACAUUAUAGAUGGGGCUGCUGAACUACUCGAUUUAUACUCUACAAGUGAAGAUACUCCUCCCACUGAUACGACAUAAGAUAUUACAUUAAUUUCUUCAAGCAUUACAGACACUGCAGUAAAAGCUAGAAUUAAAAGAAAAUUGAACACUGGGGAUUCAAAAGACGCUGUCUUAGCCAAAGGAUCCUCUUAUACUUGGAGUUAUGCAAGUUCUUCGUCUCUCGUGAUGGAAGAUCAUAAGAAUAAUGUCGCUGAAUUUAAAAUUACUCUAAGCGAGUCAGGAUCAUAAUAAGUUAGUCAAGGCAAUUUAUUGUAGUUAGUCUUUGGACUAAUAGCACUAAAUCUAAUUAUUUGAAUUAAAAAUGUAUUCAUAUUCAC